UGAGCUUGUUACCGAUUUACUUUCACUUCUUCAGGAAGCUGUUACCGCUCCUCGUCUUGAUUUUUUGGUUCCUUCUUUAAACGAUGAAGAUUAUUUAGCCUGGCCAGGUUGGACAAAAGAACAGUUUGAUGAUACGUAUCACGUCAUUUCAUCUCAUCUUCGUUCAUCUAGUAAUCAUCAUAUUCGAAAUACUCUUGCUAUGUUUUGGAUUAAACUGAAAACAAAUUUAUCGUUUCGGCAAAUAGGUUCUAUGUUUAAUGUACCAGGAAAUGGUGAAGAUCGGCGUAAACGAGCUGCAGACGUAUUCGAUAAUGUCCGUCAAUGUUUAAUCAAAAACUUUGUGCCUCGCCAUUUAGGCGUUCAGCACUUAACAAGAGAAGAUGCCAAGAAACAAAAUACAAGCUUCUCUAUUGAAUUUUUUUGGAAAUAA